AUGUCCAUCACCGGCGUACUCCCGGAGAGUGAGUGGCAGGUGCCGUCCAAGACUAAGUACUGCCAGUACCAGGAUUGCGGCGCCACCUUCGGGAUCUUCAGCAGCAAAACAAACUGCCGCCGCUGCGGCAUCGUGCUUUGCUCCAGCUGCGUUUGCAAGUGCAACUGCAUCUCCGGGCACUACAGGGACAAGCCGCAGAGUGUCUGUCCACGCUGCCUCGAGGUCAUCGAGCGACAGAAAAUACUCAUGGCAAGUGCGGUGGCGGGACGGCUGCCAUCGACACCUCAACGAAGACAAGUGGCGGAAGCCACGGCCGCAAAUUCCCUCGCCACGAAGCACGACAAGGAGACGCAGUUGCUAGAAACGAUACACAAACUCCAUGAGCAACUCGAGGAGGAAAGCAGAAGCACUAAAGAGGCCCUCACAACCUCGCAGCAUGCAAUGGGACCAACGGCACAAAGGGAAGGGGACAUCAGCAAAACUUUUCAAGAAUCACUUGCUCAAGAAGAGAAACAGGAUAAAGGCACAACAAUAACACCAUCAUCUAAAGAAAUUCAACGCCACCACAUUACAAAACAAAUUACAACUCCAGAAAAUAGUGCGGAACCCAAAAAAACACCCGGAUCUGAGCAGGAAAAUUGCGAGGAUAGACAAACAAUGCUGGGCCACACCAAUGAAAACACGACUAGACCAACAAAUAUACAUGAAGAAACAUCUUCGUGCAUUACACAAUUAGGAUACGAGCGCAACGGCCUGCAGGACGAGGUGCGGGAGGCUCGCGGGGCUGCGGCGCAGCUCGAGGCGCAGUUGCGGCAGUGUAGCGUGGACCGCGAGCGGCUGAGCGACGAGCUGCAUGCGACGCCGACGGGCUGCGUGCGCGGCUGGACGAAUUGGCACGCGAGCGCAACGGCCUGCAGGACGAGGUGCGGGAGGCUCGGGGGCUGCGGCGCAGCUCGAGGCGCAGUUGCGGCAGUGUAG